AUGCAGAGCCUGCAGCCGUCGCCAAACGCACAGUACAAGGGUGUGUAUCAGGCUCUGAAGAGGAUCAUCCAGACAGAGGGGGUCCUCCGACCGCUGAGGGGCCUCAACAUCACCAUGAUCGGAGCGGGGCCCGCACAUGCCAUCUACUUCGCCUGCUAUGAGCGGGUCAAACGCUCACUCAGUGACGUAAUGCAGAGCGAAGGCAACAGCCACUUGGCAAAUGGUUUGGCAGGUUGCGUGGCCACUGUUCUCCACGACGCCGUCAUGAACCCAGCUGAAGCCCGAAUCUUUUACUCUUUUCUCAACAGCACUAUUGUGGAUCUGCGGCUGAACGAGAACAAGAUUCGGUCGGUGCAUUAUUCCUCACUCAGCCGCUUUGGAAACCUCACCUAUCUGAACCUCACCAAGAACGAUAUCAGCUACGUGGAAGACGGAGCUUUCUCAGGACAAUUCAACCUGCAGGUUCUCCAGAUGGGUUUUAACAAGUUGAGGAACCUGACAGAGGGGAUGCUGCGAGGUUUGGGGAAGCUGCAGUAUCUCUACCUGCAAGCCAACCUCAUCGAGAGUGUUGCACCCAACACCUUCUGGGAAAGCCCCAACAUCGAGAACAUCGACCUCUCCAUGAACAGGAUCCAGGUGCUAGAUGGCAGUUUGUUCUCCGGUCUCUCGAAGCUGACGACUUGUGAACUUUACACAAACCCCUUCAACUGCUCUUGUGAGCUGCUGGGGUUCCUGCGCUGGCUCUCAGCCUUCCCCAACAGGACCAGCGAGAGGAUGGUGUGCGACUCGCCUCAAGGAUUCUUCGGCUACAACCUCCUGAGCCAGAACCCCCGAAUGCCGACCCAACGCAACGCCCUGCACGUGCUCAGUCUUGUCUGCACAGAUGAUGGUAGCGUGACGUCCUUUUACCCGAUUGGUGCGGCAGAUUCCACCACCCCUUUACCAGAUUUUGCCUCUCCCUGUGGAUUGGACGAUUGUGCUUCCGGGACCCCUCCUGACGAGGAGCCCAUCAGCUUGGGCCCUCUUUACACCGACACCAAUCCCAUCAUGACGCUGAAGCAGGUGCAACAUUCGACCGCCGUGAUCACGGUUCAGAUUCCUCAUCCGUUCAAGAAAAUGUACAUCCUGGUUCUUUAUAACAACAGCUUCUUCACAGAUAUCCAGAAUCUGAAAAGACAAAGGGAAGAUAUUGAGCUCAAGAACUUAAAACCCAACACCGACUACAGGUACUGUGUGGCUUCGAUACGAAACUCCCUUCGAUUCAACCACACCUGUCUGACCAUCUCCACUGGACGCCGGGCCGGGCCUGAGAGGAGAGCCAAUCAGUCGUCAGCCACCCACUACAUCAUGACUAUCCUGGGCUGCUUGUUUGGCAUGUUAAUCUUCCUGGGUUUUAUUGUUCACUGCCUGAGGAAGAAGAGGAUCAUGCAGGCGAAGGAGAGGAAGAUGAGCAGGAUCCAAAGGACUCUGAUCGAGUUAAAGUACGGCGGAGAAGGGGAUAUAGAGGGAGGAAAUGGAGGAUCUGUUUCCCAAAAGCUGGGAGCUGGGGAAAGUCUGUCCAGAAUGCCCUACCUUCCUCAGGGCGCUGAGAUUGAUCCGUACAAGCUGCAGGAGGUCAUAGAAACACCGGUGCACAAGCCUGCUAAACUGAACUACAUGGAGGUGAGAGGAUCCGGGAUAGAGAGGGAGAGGGAGAGGGAGAGGGAACGAGAGCGAGAAAGGGAGAUGUCACCACAGGAAAAUCCCCAGGGCUCAGUAGCAGAGAUCUCAACCAUCGCUAAAGAAGUUGAUAAAGUCAACCAGAUCAUCAACAACUGUAUAGAUGCUCUCAAAUCUGAGUCUACCUCCUUUCAACAGGGCAUGAAAUCCCCUUCAAACGCAGGCGGAGGGGCUGUUUCUACCGCAGAGCCGCAGCUGGUGCUCCUCUCUGAGCAAGGAGAGAGAGAAAGAGGAAACGAGUUCCUCUCCCCGGUGUAUAAGGGAGGCAGAGGAGGGAGAGAGGAGAGGGGGAGAAGCUAUCAUCAUUCUCUGCAGCGACACCACAGCAUGGAGGCACCUCCGACCUCCAAAAGGCCCAGCACCUCCUCUUCUCCCGGUUCUGCCCGGAGCCCUCGCUCGUUCCGCUCAGAGGGAGGCUACCACUCGUCAGAGACCCGCUACAUCGAGAGGACCUCGCCCGGGGAACGGGGAGAGAGGGGGGAAAGAGGGGAAAGAGGGGAAAGAGGGGAAAGAGGGGGAGGCGGAGGAGAGGCCAUUCGUACGGUCAACCCAGCAGCGGCCAUCUUACGAGCUGAAGCCCAGAGGAUCCGCCAGUACAACGAACACCGUCACUCCUACCCCGGCUCCCAGCAGCACCUCCAGCCUGCAGCACCACCCUCAGAUCCAGCAGGAGCUCCACCACCACCCCGGGGCCGCAAGCCCUCCAUGUUAGACCCCAUCACCCUCAGCAGGCAGGCCAAGCAACGGGAGCUGGCCUACUCCCAACUCUCGCCACACUACCCGCUCUCGCCCCAGUACCACAACCUCAGCUACUGCUCCAGCCCCGACGAAGACGAGGAGGACGAAGGGCUCCUGUGCACCCCCACCCUGGGGCUUUGGGAGAGGUUCAAGCUGCACCGCAAGAGGCACCGGCAGGCGUCCAUGGAGGACGAGGGAUACGUGGCAGCGGGACACGCGCUGAGGCGGAAAGUUCAGUUCGCCAAGGAUGAGGAUCUUCACGACAUUCUGGACUACUGGAAGGGUGUGUCCGCCCAGCAGAAGACCUGAUCUGGAGACGCCUAACACUUGGAGGAUGGAGAAUAACAACACUGCACCCAUAACAUAUUGAUACAGAUACAAACAUGACCUGUAAAUACACACACACACACACACACACACACACACACACACACACACACACACACACACACACACACA